UAAUCGAUCGGACCAACAGAUCAGACUGUUGAGGUAAAGCGCAUGCGAUUUGUUUUACUGCUAAACCAGUCUGAUACUUAAUACUGCACUUUGUAUUAUUGUAAAGUUUGAAUAGGUUAAGCUGUGUUUUAAAUAAAACAAAAAUGUCGUCAAGAGAAGACAUGAUAGCCCGUGCCAAACUGUCAGAACAGGCACAACGUUAUAAUGAGAUGGCCGCAGCCAUGAAAGUCGUUGUCGAAAUGGGCUCGGAGCUGAGCAACGACGAAAGAAACUUGCUGUCAAUCGCGUAUAAACAUACGACGGGUGCGAGGAGACAAUCCUGGCGAGCUAUAUCAAGUGUGGAACAAAAAGUAGAACUGGAGAGCGAAGGCCGAAUAGAAUUAGUGCGUGAUUACAGGGAAAAAAUCGAGGCAGAGCUCGAGGCCAUUUGCCAAGAAAUAAUUCAGCUCAUUGAUUCUCACUUGCUUAAAUCCGCUCAGGAUAAAGACAGCCAAGUGUUUUACUACAAAAUGAAGGGUGACUAUUUCCGCUACAUGUGUGAAAUUUCUUCCAUUCCGGAGAAAAGGAAAAAAGUUGUCUCGGGAGCAAAUAGAGCAUAUAAUGCAGCAAAUACAGAAGCUGAACGGAUGUCAGCAAUUAAUCCUAUAAAGCUGGGUCUUGCGCUUAACCACUCUGUCUUUUUAUAUGAGAUCAAAAACAGCGAAAGAAAGGCAAUUAAUAUUGCCCAAACUGCGUUCGACGAUGCUCUUAAAAAGGUGGAAGAGCUGAGUGCUGACGCAUACAAGGAUUCAACACUGAUUAUGCAACUUAUUAGAGACAACCUUACGCAAUGGAAUUCACCUGAUAAAGUUGUGCAGGAGCUGUUACAGGACACUGAAGAUUAAACCACAUGAUAUGCUACUUUUCGGUGAACACUGUGCAAAGUGUAUUUUAAUGUGAAAAGUAAUUUUGUAAAGCAUUUUUAACACUGUGUAAGCAUAGGUGCAGCUAUUUUAAAGUGAAAAUUUUUUCUGAAAUUGCCAAAAUGAACAGUUAACAGUGAGUGUUUUAAUUAAAAAUUGGCGAAGGAUUAUGAAAAAUUGUUUAAAAUUGCCAAAAUAAAUAUUUAAAAAUGAGUGUUUUUAUUGUGUUGAAGUAUUUAUAUAGAAAACUGUGGUUGUUCUGUUUGUUAUUUGCUAUUUAUUUAAAAACUGUUUUUUGUAG